AUGACUUCUUCAAAAAUUCAAAAAGAUAUUGUGAGUGCUUGUGCACAAGAAAUUGUGAAAGCUAUAAUUGAUGAUUUGGAUGGAGAUUUUUUUGAGAUUUUAGUUGAUGAAUCCAAAGACAUAUCACACCAUGAACAAAUGACCAUUGCAUUGAGGUAUGUUAACAAAAAAGGUAAAGUGAAUGAGCGAGUUAUUGCUAUUGUUCGUGUUGGUGAUACAUCGACAAAAACGUUGAAGGAAACAAUAUGUUCUUUGCUUAUGAGACAUUCUUUAAGUACAUCUAAAAUACGUGGACAAGGCUAUGAUGGAGCUAGUAGCAUGCAAGGAGAGAUGAAUGGUCUUAAAGCUUUGAUUUUGCAAGAAACUCCUUCGGCAUAUUCCACUGCCAAAAAAUAUUUGCUCGUAGAUGACUUUUUUGCUAUUAUUAGUAAUGUGUUGAAUGUGGUAGGAGCAUCAUUUAAGCGCCGAGAUCAACUUCGGGACCAUCAUGCGGAAAUAUUGGAGCAACUACUAGAAAGUGUUCAUGUUCUUGAUGCGAUAAAAUGUGGAGGCUCGAAUUUCAAUGAUAGAUUACAAGCCGGGGCUUUUUUGAGUAUGAUCAAUGAAUUUGAAUUUGCUUUCUUGCUUCACUUGAUGUUGAAGAUAUUAGUGAUGUCCAAUGAGCUAAGUGCAUCAUUACAAAGGAAAGAGCAAGAUAUUGUCAAUGCCAUGAUAUUUCUUGAUAUUACUAAGAAAAGAUUGCAAUUGCCUUCUAGUGUUACUUACUCACAUCACUUACGUGUUGAGCUAUUUUAUGCUAUAAUUGACUUGCAACUUCAAGAGCUUAAUAAUCCUUUUGAUGUUGUGAGUGGUAACUUGCUCCUUGGUAUGGCAAGCUUGAAUCCAAUAAAUGCUUUUACUAAUUUUGAUAAGAAAAAAAUAAUGAUAUUUGUCAAACAUUUUCCGGAUGAGUUUGGUGAAUCAAAGCUUCAAGAGCUUAGUUACCAACUUGAUACUUUUAUUAUACACAUGCGGCGUGGUGAUCCUAUAUUCUCUAAUUUGAAAGGAAUUGGUGAUUUGGCAGAAGCAUUGGUUAAUGCAAAUCUUGUGGGGACUUAUUCUCUUAUGUACUUACUUGUGAAGUUAACGUUGAUUUUACCAGUCGCCACUGCAACGGUAGAGAAAGCUUUUUCAUCCGUGAAGUAUAUCAAGAAUAAAUUGCGUAGUAGUAUUGGUGAUGCAUUUUUAAGUAAUUGUUUAGUUUGUUAUAUUGAGAAGGAUAUAUUUAUAAAUAUUAGCAAUGAUGUAAUCAUUGACUGUUUUCAGAAUAUGAAAACACGUCGAUAUCUAGUAUGA